GGAAUUUUUGGUUUUUGUAUUGUUUUUCACUUGACCAUGUCGUCAUCUUUUUGCGACCGCUCUUGUUCCUUUCCAGGAAGUUAAAUUGAAAGGAGAGUGUUACUGCUAAGAAGAACGGGACACGAUGUCGGGAAGUUUUUAUUUCGUCAUGGUUGGUCAUCAUGACAAUCCUGUGUUUGAGAUGGAGUUUCUGCCAGCUGGGAAGCCUGAAUCAAAGGAUGACCACCGCCACCUGAACCAGUUUAUUGCACAUGCAGCACUGGAUUUGGUGGAUGAAAACAUGUGGCUGUCCAACAAUAUGUAUCUGAAGACUGUGGACAAGUUCAACGAGUGGUUUGUGUCUGCCUUUGUCACUGCAGGUCAUACAAGAUUCCUCAUGCUGCAUGAUGUGCGACAAGAAGAUGGCAUCAAAAACUUCUUCAAUGAUGUUUAUGAUUUAUACAUAAAGUUUGCUAUGAAUCCAUUCUAUGAAAUCAACGCACCAAUCCGCUCAACAGCUUUUGAGAGGAAAGUACAGUUUCUUGGAAAGAAACAUCUCCUGAAUUAAUCACUCAACAUGCACAAAAAUGUUGAUGCAUCGUGUCUGUCUGCCGAGUAUAUCAUUUUAUACUUGCUUGUUAUGUCUGUCUUUACUGUUUGACAAAUGUUGUAAAUAUUUACCACACGUGAAUUUAAUAUUAAAAUGAAUCUUUCUUUUAGAUCUUAA